AUGCAGGAGAAGGUCAAGACGCUGGUGCAUGUUGCGGUUUGUGUCCGCAGUAUGCCACCGGCUGCCGCGAGGUGGUGUCUGGACGAGAGCUGGAUGCGACGAGGCGGUGCAUUUCGCCGCCGCCGCGUGCCAAAGGCUUCGCGAGACUACCAGGACUAUGUAUACGCGCAGACCGCCGCCAUGACUGCCCCAAACCUCCCCUCGCCCAAGCCUGAUGCCAACCGCCAUCCUCACGACGGCCCUGUAGCUCUCCCUCUCUGCUCUCUCCCUGCUGCUGCCACCGACACCGCCACCACGACCGCUACUGCAACCAGCCCGGCCGCCCCAUCCCCAGCCCUCCAACCACGCCCUAUACUCGACCACACGCCAUCCACCAUGGGAGAAAGCACCACCAUGCCACGCCAGCUCGCAAACACGUCCGACUCCACCAUGCCCUCGCGCCGCCCCUCGACUCCCCGCUCGCAAACGGACCCUCAGCCAGACACCAUCGCUUCCCUCUCAACCCACCAACCGAGCACACUGUCCUAUGCCCGCUCUCACCUCCGCUCGCGCAGCGGAUCGGCCAUACCCAUGGCACGAGCCCACUCGCUACCGACUGUCAUGCAACCUGCCUCCAACUUUGUGCUUUCCUCCACCCCACUACAGCUCGCCAGGCCCACGUCCCCUCUGCCCUCGCCAAACCGAACGCGCAGCCCCCGCACGCUCGACUCGCGCCCACUCACCACUCGUCCAGUCUCCAUGGGCUCUUUUGAUGGCGCCCCAAGCGUCUGCGACAUCUCCGAAGACGCAGAGCUCGAGCUCAAGCCCAGAGUGGGCACCACCGUCUCCAACCUCUACAGCAACACCCCUUCGCUCUCCCGGCGACGACGUCCAGUCUCGCCCCUCUACCACGUCUCCAUUCCCUUUGGCCACCCGCCUACCAGCAAUCCUUUUGCUAGCACACCCACCUCGACUGCCUCUUCGCCUCUCUUUGCUCCGGCCAAGUUCAACGAAAACUAUCCUGCCUCGCUUGCAUCUUCGUCUGUCCCCUCUACCCCCACGUCUAUGCGCUCCCGCAGUCCCUCCAUCUCGUCUCUCGAAACCAUCGAAGACAGUCCAGAUGCCGAGGAAGAAGCAAUCGAGGCUGACCGCAUCGCAAAACUAAAGGCCGCUGCCGAUCGCGAGGACGGCGGAGAUGCAAGGAGGUCUAGCUUGGACGGCCCUGAAGGUCGUGGCCGUAGCAGCAUGGGCUUUGGCAAGCGAGAUUCUAGAAAGAGGUGGAGUGUCUGCGGAGCCGAACGACGAGGAGACCUGGACCUCGAGACCAUUUGGGAGGACUAAUCAUGAAAGCAGCAGCAUAUCAACAAGGGUUGCCUGGCGUUACCGCAAGCAUUAUUGCAUUUUCAAAGCACUCAUUUGUCAGCGCGUGGAGUUUUGGUGUUUUGUUCUGCCGUGUUUUUUUGUUUUUUUAUUGCCCAUGUGGUAGCGGACAGAUCCGCGUCUUUCUUGUUUGUUUUUUACAUUACGAUCGCCCAACGUCCCACGAGUCUCGUUUCAUCGAAUGGGAUAGGGUUGCGAAUUUGGUCUCACAGAUAUGUAGCAUGACAUGUUUCCACGAUACGAGACAACUGUCAGCAGAUGAUACCCUCCUUGGUAGGAGCUCUGGUUUUACACAUGAAGAAAUCGAGAGUAUUAGUCAACUCGACCCGUGUGAAGCACGCCUUAGUAAUAGCAAUAUACUAUGAUAAAU